AUGUGCUCCCCGAGCAUACUUCAAAUCGUCUACGACAUUUUCUUCGACUUGUCCCUCGACUACUCCUUGAUACUUUACACCGAGUUCAAGGCCGCUGUGGCCAAAAAGUGUCAAGAAGUGGCCAAAGGAAGACACCUGCCAUCCUUGUUGUUUCCCCGAUUCUUGGGUCUUCUCCUACCACCAGCUCUUGAUGACAACAAUAUUGAUGUGGGUCGUCUACCUCCUCACAAGGUCAAUGUACUCACUCAAUACAGACCAACAAUGCACAAGGAGGGUUAUGAAGCAAAAAGGCCUAUUCCAAAGAGGCUCAUGAGCUACAUGAAGUCUAAGGAGAUUAGGAGAGCGUACAGACAUACACGCGAGACACUAGAACCAGUGUCUCGAACCCCGGUACACAUAGGAGUAGCCGAGGAAGAAGAGAGAAGUAAGGAUACAUCAAUGCCUCAGGCCGAGGGAAAAACGGUAAGAGUAGGAGAAGAAAGAAUGAGAGCUAAGGAAGAGAGGGUGAGAGUACUACAAGAACGAGAAAAAGAAAGAAAACAAGAGGAGGCAAGGAAAAAGAAAUCUGAGAGGGUGAAGAAGAAGAAGGCUGAGGCAGAACGAGCAGAGGAGGAGAGGGCAGAAAAGGCUCGUCAAGCAGAAAUUGCUCGCCUAAGAGAAGAGGCCAGACUCAUAGCAGAAGAAGAGGCUCGUCAAACCUUGGCUCAAUCCUCUAGUCCAAACCAAGGGGAUGACCAAGAGCACUAUGAUGAUGCUGCACGGUCUUACACAAGUGAGGGAAGUGAAGAAGAGGAUGAAGAAAAUGACGAAGAAGAGAGUGAGGGAGAUGAAGAGGAGAGCGAGGAAGUAGAAGAGGAAGAAGAGGGAGGAGGUAAAGCAGUUGCUCUGCCUCAGGGUGGGACAGAGCAGCCUAGGCCAAAUAAGCACAUCAGAUUCACCUACCCUACUACAACAACAUUACAGCAGGUCGUUACAUCUCUACAGAGGGUUGAGGCGUCUACGUCGAUCAACAACCAGGCCCUCAUACCUUUGAGUGUACCUGUAGACUAUGUCACACAUAGCGCCAUGAAUGCUCUGGGUGACAAGCUCCUACAGAAUGUGGCAGACUUGACUGCAGAUUAUAAUAGCAAGGCCAUAACAGCAGCAAAGAACAUCAACGACACUCUCGCACGAUUCAACUACCGUUCAGAUGAUGAAGUGCGAAGGGUUGCCAUUGCAGUCGACGAACUCCUCAAGACCAUCGAAGAGGUGAUCAAAUCCAUGUCUCGAGCAGAGGCUGAGUAA